UGCAUUCACACUGAUCGCAGUCCAUUGGUGUACGCUAUCAACCCCAAACCAGACCGGCAAUCUAUCCAGAGAAGUGCACCCUCUUGACUAUGUGUCUCGGUUUACAUCCGACAUACAUAUCAAGGGCACAACGUAUGUCGUAUAGCGGAUGCACUUUCCCAAUCUCAUAUCAAUGCCUUGAAAACACCGACGCAGAUGGACUUUGAGCUGAUGGCCACAGAUAAUCCCCCACUCUCUUGACCUCAAGCAAGUUCCGCUCCAAGUACAUCCAUCUGGUGCGACUUGUCGACUGGUCAUGAACGCCCUUUUGGUGCCCGAGAAGCACCGACAGAGUGUUUCCGAUUCCCUGCACAAUCGAUCUCAUCCAAGUAGUCGGGCACUACUGAAACUGAAUCCCCGCAUUUACAACCCAUAAAGACAUACCAAGCUCACUGGGGUUUCACGAGACAGCAAUGUGAUGGCCGGCUCAUCAUCAGAUGCAACCACAGUCCAGAUGACAGGUGCAGCGGCCGUGGGCGAGCAGCCACUGGACAUCACGGACCAGCGGACUAUCAAUCCAUUCUCCGAGCUCCUCAGCAAACUAGCCAAGGAGCUGAUGAAGCACGAACGCCAACAAAUCCGUCUCUUGUGUAGCCAUCAAGGGGUACCCGCCGAGGAACUUGAGACCGAUGACGCGGUGGAACUGUUGAGGGUCCUUGAGAAGCACAAUUUAAUAGGAGAGUAUAAGACGGUGUUUUUGAAGAAACUGUUGGAAAUAUCGGAUUGCUCGGCAGGGAUUGAUUUUGUUAAAGAGUACGAGGAAAUGAGGGGAAAAUACCUGCAGAAAGUGGAGAUCUUACUUCGGAAGCAGGAUCCCCUUUUUGUUGGACGGACCACAUUCGUCAGCAGGAUCCUUAAAGUCUUCGCCGACCGAGGACACAACAAAUGCCGCUGCGUGCUUGUGUACGGGCUGGCAGGCUCUGGCAAGACUAAACUGGCAAGUCUAAGCUGCAAGAUCUACAAAGAGCAGGCACGGUGCGGUACCAGAGUUCACCCAGUCAAUCUCCAUAAGGCGACCAAAAUGGAAGAAGUUGGGCUUUGGAUUUUAAAAACCGCGACUGGCAAGCAGAUCGACCCGAAAGAGUUCAAGAUGACAAUGGUCAACAAGUGGAUCAUGGACUGCAUCCAUGAUACAGUACUACUGUUGGACAAUGCUGAUGACAUCCUUGAUCCGUCAUCACGUAGUAAAAAUCGCUUUGUUAAGACCUUUACCGACCUCUUAUCGAUAUCCAACAAGCAUGUGAAGUUCCUCUUAACUUCUCGUUAUCCUGUUGAUUUCAUGGGUCUUAGGAAACUUCCAAAUUUCAUGGAGGUCAAACUGGAGUCACUGCAGGUCCGCGAAUCCUUGGAGCUUCUUAAGAAGAUAAUUAAUCAUGCUAAGGGGUUUUCUGGGACGGUCUCGGUCGGAGCAGAGGCGUUAAAGGACGAAAAAUCUCUGGCUGAAAUCGCCAAUCGGUGUGAUAAUAACCCCAAGGCCCUGCACGCCGUGGCAAGCCACCUGAGGAGAGGGUUCAGCCCUAGAAGUCUAGUUGAGCUCAUGAAGUGUCCAGAAGGCGCUCAGCGAGUGUUGGAUUCCGGUUCCUUAGGAGUUAGUCAAGCCGUUCAAGACAAGAGGAAGGAUUUCGAAGAUCAGCCACUGGUACUUAACUCGCUAGGCGCCAUCUACAACCAGCUCCCUCUACCUCUGCAGGAAUCUUUGCUGAAAUUGUCGGUCUUCCAAAGUUCCUUCAGUCUGAGUCAAGGAGCUAAGAUCUUAGGAAAGGAACCACCAGACGCAAUUAGCAAAAACUUGGAAAAAUUGAAAAGAUUGAGUUUUCUAGAACGGGAUGAAUAUGACGAGCCUUACUACUUCAUGCAUCCACUGGUGCGGUCAGUUUGCCUGAGCAGAAUAGGAUACAGUGGGAUAUACAAGGAAGCAUAUGAAGACGCGCUCCGUCGAUUCUUAGCCUACAUAGCCGACCUUCUUAAAGACUUAACACGGUUGGGUCACAGGGAUUUCGCCAGCACUCAGGCCAGAUUUGAAUCCAACAAGACCAACAUCUUGCACUAUUUGGAGCUGGGGAUGGGCCACAAGUUUGGUUGUCAGGUUAAUGCCGAACAGGAGAACACCGCCUCUGACGUUCCACUUCCGGACAUGAGGGAUGGAUUGUUCAACAUUUUCGAGACUUUUCUUGAUCCCACUAAAAGGUUGGAAUAUUACGAAAAUAUGAGUAUCAGAAUGUUGAGCAGCGGGGAGCGAGAAGCCUGGGCUUACUUGCAAGGAUGGAUGGCCGAUGAGCUCUACGUGAGAGCAAAAUACGAUGAAGCCUGGAAAGCGGUCGAAGAACCGCUGAAAGUGUUGAAAGCUCGAGCCAGCGACCCCACCAUCGGCCGAACAAAUGACCUAGAGACAGCUGAAGCUCAGCUGCUAUACGUGAAGGGCCGCAUCAUGGUGGCCCGACGCAAGUACAAAGACGGUAUUGCUGUCCUUGAGCAAGCCUUGACAAUUCAAGAGCGUCUCCUUGGGAAUCACUCGCUCACGGCUCGCUGCCUGAAUGGGCUGGGUCAUGCUUACUUCAACAAGGCAGAUGAUGACUGCCUCUGUAUCGGCGCGACAGAAGCCCACGAGUACCAUUUGAAAGCCUGGGAGAUGCUGGUUAAAAUUACCAACGGCAAACCGGAGAAGCACUUCGACGCACCCAUGUACUUGCUUAACAUCGGCUCCACUUUUCAUCAGAUGGGAAAGAAAUUCAAAUGUAGCAACAAGAAGAAGGCUCACGAGUACUUUAACCUUGCCAUCAAGAAAUACCAUGAGGCAAACGAUCUGGCGAGAGCCUUGAAACUGUCCAACUCCCCAAACACUGCGUUCAUCCUCAAGAACAUGGCCAUGAGCUACUGUGAAAUGGAGGAAUACGAGAAAGCUCUACCGUUGGCAACAGAUGCCGGCAAUAUCAGAGAGGAGAUCAUAGGCGUGCAUCCUACCACGGCUCGCAACCUUUUCUUCAUUGGAUCCCUGUACGACAGUUUAGGGGACGAAAACAAGAAAUCAAAGAAACCUGAAGACAAAACCCAAUCUCAAGAGAACUACAAACUAGCCCUGGAAUACUACAACAGGGCCUUCGAGAUGGAGGUCCAACUCGGACCGUCGAACCACAGCAUCGAGUACGACGACCUGAAGGAAGAUCUGCAGAAUGUACUAAGGAAGCUGCACAUGGACAAAGCGUUGGAUAAAUGCUGGAGGAUUUUCAAAGCAGCGGACGCGGGAACGGUCGACUUAGGAGAUUUGAGCAUGGACUUGAAGUCCGGGUCGGGACCGGCCCCUCCGUCCAGAAAACGGUCUCCAGACAGAAUGGACGCAGCGGAUGACGAGAUGGCGGGACCAAGCAGACAACAGGCAUCAGGUAAGCAAACACCAGGUACGCAGUCAGGUCCAAAUCUAAAAGAAAAAUACCCCGAAAACAAGUAA